CUCGUCCUCCAUCUCCCAUUGCUCACCAUCCUUCAGAUCCACCUUCUCCCACUACUCCCCUCCCUCCUCCAGUCAGUCAAUCUUGCCUGUUCAUGGAUGCCAGCCCCUGUGUGCCAGCUGUUCAUAUUGGGCACCUACCGACCUAGGGAGUUCCCCUUUCAGUAUCCUCUCAUUUGCCUUCUCAUACUGUUCAUGGGGUUCUCAAGGCAAGAAUACUGAAGUGGUUUGCCAUUCCCUUCUCCAGUUGUCCUCCGUAGCCACUGGGGAGUUCUUGCCCCCGGAGGCUCUGAAGGAGAUGAAAGCUAACCUGAUAAAGUUCCUGCCCUUCAAGUAUCUAGCUAAAGAGCUGACCUCCCAGGCGGAAAUACUGAAGAAGGUCCUCAGGGAUAACCAGGAGCACUUCCCGGUGGUCUUCAGCCAAGCCUCGCAUUGCCUGGAGCUGGUCUGUGGUGUGGAGGUGAAGGAGGUGGACCCCAGGGAGCACAUCUACAUCAUGGUCCCCAACCUGGGCCUCACCUGUGAUGUGAUGCUGAGCAGUGGGCACAGCAUGCCCAAGGCCGGCCUCCUGGUGCUGAUCCUCAGCCUGAUCAUGCAGAAUGGAGACCGCGCCCCUGAGGAGAAGGUCUGGGGAGCACUCAGCAGAUUGGGUGUGUGUGUCAGGAGUGUGCACUGUGUCUUUGGGGAGCCCAGGACACUUCUGACACACGUGUGGGUGCAGGAGGGGUACCUGGAGUACCGGCAGGUGCCUUACAGCUACCCUGCUCGCUAUGAGUUCCUGUGGGGUCCCCGGGCCUAUGCGGAGACCAGCAAGCGGGACGUCAUGGCAUUUCUGCUCAGGAUCAAAGAAAGGGCUUCGAGGGCCUUCCCACCCCUGUCUGCAGAGGCUGCAAGGGAGGAGGAUGAGGCUGCCUGA